UUAGAAAUUUUAAGGCCACAGACAAAAUUGAAAAAUGUGUUCCCGCGAUACGGCGUCAAAUCAAUUGAUCGACUACAAGAACAAUGACUCCGAGGUGCAAAGGGAGAUCACGACAUCCAGUGGAACUCCGGUUGGCGUCAAGGAUGCCAUACAGACGGUGGGACCAAGGGGUCCUGCCCUGCUGCAGGAUUUCCAGUUCCUCGACGAGGUGAUGCACUUCGACUCGGAGCGGAUUCCCGAACGGGUGGCCUACGCCAAGGGAGCCGGCGCCUUUGGCUACUUCGAGUGCACCCAUGACAUUUCAAAGUUCUGUGCAGCCACCAUAUUCGAUAAGGUUAGAAAACGAACUGCCGUCGCGAUGAGAUUCUCGGUGGCCUGUGGCGAACAGGGAUCUGCGGAUACGGUACGUGAACAGCGUGGAUUCGCCGUCAAAUUCUACACCGACGACGGGAUCUGGGACAUUGUGGGUUGCAAUAUGCCCGUGCAUUAUGUCCGGGAUCCCAUGUUGUUCCCCAGCCUGGUCCAUGCGCAGAAGCGCAAUCCGCAGACCCACCUGAAGGAUCCGGACAUGUUCUGGGACUUCAUGACCCUGCGUCCGGAAACCCUGCAUGCCCUGCUCAUGUACUUCAGCGAUCGGGGUACCCCAGAUGGCUAUCGCCACCUGCACGGAUACGGAGUGCACACCUACCGCAUGAUCAAUGCCAGUGGGGAGACGCAGUACGUUAGGUUCCACUUCAAGACGGACCAGGGCAUCAAGAACUUGGACGCCCGACGAUGCGAGGAGCUGAUGUCCCACGAUCCGGACUAUGCCAUCAGGGAUCUGUACAACUCGAUCAAGAAGGGCAACUAUCCCAGUUGGUCAAUGUACAUUCAGGUGAUGCUCAACGAGGAGGCGAAAAAGUGUCGUUUCAAUCCGUUCGAUGUGACCAAGGUGUGGCCCCAGAAGGACUUCCCCCUGCUGCCAGUUGGCAAGCUCAUCCUCGAUCGCAAUCCCACCAACUAUUUCACGGAGGUGGAGCAGCUGGCCUUCAGUCCGGCCCACAUGGUGCCGGGCAUCGAGCCAUCGCCGGAUAAGAUGCUCCAGGGUCGCCUGUUCGCAUACGGCGAUUCGCAGCGCCAUCGCUUGGGCGUGAACUACAUGCAGAUACCGGUGAACUGUCCGUACCGCGUGAAUGUUCGCAACUUCCAGCGGGAUGGUGCCAUGACAGUGACAGACAAUCAGAACGGGGCUCCCAACUACUUCCCCAACUCCUUCUGCGGACCAAGGGAAAGUCCGCGUGCUUUGGGCCUGCAGACCUGCUGUCCGUUGAGCGGAGAUGUCUAUCGAUUCAUGAGCGGCGACACCGAGGACAAUUUCAGCCAGGUCACCGACUUUUGGACCUACACCCUGGAUAACUGCGGCCGGAAGCGGCUAGUUCGCAACUUGUCCGAGCAUCUGACCGAAGCCAGCCAGUUCCUCCAGGAGCGGGCAGUGAAACUGUUCACCAUGGUGCACUCCGAUUUCGGGAGACUCAUGACGGAGGCUCUUAACACGGCCAGGAUUUCCAAGUUCUAGGAUGUAUUGAGACACUGUGGGCUAUUGAAAUACUUGGCAUCCUCUUAAAAAUUAUUGUUACACAAAUUGGUUUUUGUAUCUGGUCUUACUUUCAAAAUGUGCCAUCUAAAGAGUAAAUGAGAAAUUUUAAAUGUA